UUUGAUGUGAUCAUCGCUCUGAAACCUCUCGAACAUCAGAUUGUAACCCUCAGGCUUCCUUGCCAUCCAGCGGCCUCUGGAUUGCUAAGUGGACUUCUCCUCCUGGCAGCUGUGCUAUUGCUGUUACUUUAUCCCUCUGCGAUCAGACACAUUGUGUCAAUCAAUACGGUGUUCUUUGCUGGAACUGUUUACGUCAUUGUUUUAUCUGUUGUGCUCCUCAUUCUUGGAAUUCUGGGAAGUGUCGCGGCCUACCGGGAGAGCAGGGGUCUGUUAAUGCUUUUCUUCAUGCUAAUCUUGGUGGUCUUCAUGGCUGAGCUGGGUGCUGCCAUUAGUGCUUUACUCUUCAAAUAUCAAUUGACAAAGGAGUAUUUUGAAGAUGAUCUGAUAAACUAUUACACUGGAGACAAUCAGACCAGCACUUACACAGCCACUUCAAAUUCCAUCAUGAUUUCAUUUGAGUGCUGUGGCGUAAAUGGUCCAAAGGAUUUCUUGCACACCUUAGAGUUUGUCAUUCUGAACCCUUUCCAUGAGGUGCCAGAAGCUUGUUGCAAGAGGGACAAACUCACAGCCGACAGAGCAAUCAUCAAUACGCAGGAAUGUUUCGCUGGAACUGUUGCCUUCAUCAACAAUAAGGGCUGCUUCGAUCUCAUUUCAGAGCAGGUGGAAUAUUAUCUUUACGGGCUUGGAGCACUGAACAUUUGGAUCUUAAUAAUUGAGAUAUUUGUGAUGAUCUUUGCAAUCUGGCUCUACCAACGAGCUUAGAAGAGCUCUCUCCCCGGGUUCUUACCGUUGUUUAAUAUUGACAGAGGCAGACAGUCACCUAGUGGCAACUGUAGAAACUGCAUCGCUUUGUGGAGCACCUCAAUGUAAUGGACACUUCAAUCAUUCUUACCAUCAGACUCUGAGCUGAAAGUAUGACUUGUGACAGAAGACUGGACUGGGAAUUUGACCAGAGGCUACAAACCCAGGUGGAAACAACACAGUGGGGAAGAAGGUGGAGAGCAGUGCGGAUUUGUAAAUGAAUGAACAUACAUACGCUAUCUAUACAAUGUACAAGAAAGAAACAAUAGAUCUUACCUCCAGAAUCAAUGACUGACAUUGUCAACUUUCUUUGUUGCUGUGAGAAGCAAUGUGAAUAAUUCAUAAUGUGAAUGAUUUAUUUUUCAAAUAAUGUUCUGGUUGGUGGCGAGUGAUGUUUGGGACCACGGAGUGGGGGUUUGAGGGCUGAUACUGUUGGAUGGGGGUGAGAAUGGGUGCUGUAGGAUGGGUGCUGUAGGAUGGGUGAUAUAGGAUGGAUGCUGUAAG